CGCGGGGCCGAUCGACGCGCUCGCCGCUCGACGGGUCGCGCCUGGCCGUUGCCAAGGAGCGCCGAGCGCAUCGAGCGGCGAGGAUGAGCCUGGCGGAGAACAGGCCGUCGCGCAAAAAUGCCGGCAACCGCAUGUCGCGGCUGCUGGAGGCCGAGGAGGACGACGAUUUCUACAAGACGACUUACGGCGGCUUCCACGAGGAGUCGGGGGAUGACGAAUACAACACGGACCAAUCAGAGAGCGAGGACGAAGUGGACUCAGACUUCGACAUCGAUGAGGGGGACGAACCGGCCAGCGACCAGGAGGAUGACGAGCCGCGCCGGAAGCGGCGUGUGAUCACCAAGGUGUACAAGGAGCCAGUGAAGUCGAGUCGACCAAAACCCAAGCCCAGGAAGUCCCUCAGCACCCCAGGCACAUCCGAGAAGGCGUAUACCGAGAAGGGGGAUGCCGCGGAUCUCCCAGAUGAAUUUGGAGAAUACAGCCGUAAGUCCGUGCGCCAGUCGACGACGGAACACACCCGGCUGACCUACCUGCGGGUUCAGGAGCGGCAGGUGCAGCCCCGGCGCCUGCGCAAGGCUCCGCACGCAGAGACACACCAGCUCAGCCAGGAGGAGCUGCUGGCGGAGGCCAAGAUCACCGAGGAGAUCAACCUGCGCUCCCUGGAGAACUACGAGCGGCUUGAGGCGGACAAGAAGAGGCAGGUGCUGAAGAAACGCCGGUGCGUUGGACCGACCAUCCGCUUCCACUCCGUCACCAUGCCCCUGGUCACGGAGAUCAGCGUAAAGGAGGAGAAUGUGGACGUUGAGGGACUGGACCACGAGCCGCAGCCAACGGCAGAACCGUCCCAGACUCCAGUCCUGGCCCCGGUGGGCAGGUGCCUGCGGAACUUCAUCACCUUCAGCGACGACGCCACCUUCGAGCGCGCCUUCCCAAAGGCCCGGCCCCCCAAGGUCCCCGCCCGCGAGCUGUGCCCCGUCACCCACAAGCCAGCCCUCUACCGCGACCCCAUCACCGACAUCCCCUACGCCAACACGCGCGCCUUCAAGAUCAUCCGGGAAGCCUACAAGAAGUACAUAACGGCCCACGGGCUGCCCAGCAACCAGGGCGGUGCCCAGCCCGAGCAAAUCAGCCGCAGUCGCCAGAGGAUCAUCAUCAAACAGGCGGCGCCCACUACCUGAGGCGAGGGGAGGGGCUGGCAUGUGGGGGUGUGGGUGGGGACUGUGCCUUUAAGGCCCUCCCCCUCCCCCACCCCCCAAUUCCCCCUCCCGUCCUAAGAGAACAGUGGGAUGUGGGAGUGUUGCAUCGGCUCCUGGGUCGGUGUAGAGGGAGCUUCACUCUGCGUCUGACCCCGGGAGUGUGUGAUGGGACGGUGCGGAGGGAGCUUCACUCUGCGUCUGACCCCGGGAGUGUGUGAUGGGACGGUGUAGAGGGAGCUUCACUUUGUGUCUGACCCCGGGAGUGUGUGAUGGGACGGUGUGGAGGGAGCUUCACUCUGCAUCUGACCCCGGGAGUGUGUGAUGGGGCAGUGUGGAGGGAGCUUCACUCUGCAUCUGACCCCGGGAGUGUGUGAUGGGACGGUGCGGAGGGAGCUUCACUCUGUGCCUGACUCAUGUUGUUCCUGCCAUCUUGAAGGGGCAGUGUGUGACUGAAAUAACAACCCUGUGGGUGCUCAAAACCUACCUUCAUGCCCUUAAAUGUGUCUUUUUGUUUAGUAAUAAAAUAUGCAAAAUAAUUACGA